AUAUCUUCGAAGACGUUUUUCUUUGUGUCAGUGUGUGUUCUGCUACCUGCUGUGGUUGUUUAUGGAUGUAGCCCGCUGCAGGCUUAUAAUUGUGUUUGUAGUUGUGUUGUGAGUUCAAUGUUCGAUUAUGGAGGACAGCACAGAAUCAGCAGCAGAAACGACAGUAGAGUCGGAGGAUUCAGAACUCACCAAGGCACCGCAUAGGGGUGAAGAGAUUAUGAAAGGGUUCCAGGUUAACUGGAUGGUAUUAAGAGAUGCUGACACUGGAAAAAUUCUGUGGCAAGGCUACCAAGAUUUAUCAGUACCAGAUGUCGAACAUGAAGCACGAGUUCCAAAGAAGAUCCUAAAGUGCCGAGCAGUCUCGAGAGAAAUAAAUUUUUCAUCUGCAGAAGCAAUGGAGAAGUUUAGAUUAGAACAGAAAGUGCUAUUUAAGGGACGAUGCCUAGAAGAAUGGUUUUUUGAGUUUGGAUAUGUUAUCCCGAAUUCUACCAAUACAUGGCAGUCUAUGUUUGAAGCAGCUCCUGAGUCACAGAUGAUGCCUGCUAACGUGCUGAAUGGCAACGUGGUCAUUGAAACGAAAUUCUUUGAUGAUGAUAUGCUUGUGUCAACUUCAAAAGUUCGCCUGUACUAUGUAUGAAACGUUGUACAUCGUGAUAUUACAAAGUGUGAGGUUACUAUGAGGCACUUUUUGAUGAGUUGUGGAAGAUGUGCAAAGAAACAAUUCCUCUUGAUUAUGGAUUUUAAAAAUGGACAGGUAUCAGAGAAAAGUGAACUUUCUCUUUCAGAUACUGUGAUUGUAUACAUUAUAGAUGAUAGUAAGAAGAACCAUGCACUAUUUUAUAUACAUGUAUAAAUAUAUGUAUUUCAGUGAUCUCUUGUAACUUCAGUGCUUGUGCUAUUUGCAGUAAUUGUAAAACAUAAAUGGUCAAGCAGAACUCUGUCCUUACAUGAGACACAAUUUGUGUUUGCAUCACUUCUCGGGGUAACAGAGGUUAGGUGCUUCUGUUGUUCAAAAGACAAAUACUGCAUAAGACACACUGGGGUACUAAUCCAUUGCUUUGGAUCUAUAAUGCAAGUAAUUACCUUAGAAAGUGAGGGGUGUGAACAGUUACCAACAAUUUGUGAUUCCAGACACAGUGGUACUGCAAACUAAAACCUUAUUACAAUGUGUUGGGAACAUCAUAAUAAAGGAUUUUAUUGUAUUUACUUUCAUAUGUGAAUGGAAGAAAAUAAUAUGAAUGAAAUUGUU